UGACUACUGGAGGUGUGAAUAAGAUAAUCUUUGGAAGAGGAACCAGACUAAAUGUUGAACCCUCUGAGGAUCUCCAGCCGUCCUACUACAAACUACUGGUAGAUAAAAAUACAAACGACACGGCAUGUCUGGCCACUUCGUUCACCAGAAGCCACAAAGCAGAGGUGGACUAUCCGGAUCUCUUCAACAACAAGACACCGGCGGUCCGGCCAUCAGACGACUCGCUCUACAACCAGCUGGCCUUCUUAUCUGAUGCGUAUCAAGAGCAGCAAUGUGGCAAUGCCGAGAAUGAAUCUCCAUCUGACACCUGUAAGGACGAACUGAGACCAGAUCCGAGGAUGAACUUCGUGGCUCUGAUGGUCCUUGGCCUCAGGUUGCUCUUCCUGAAGACCGUGGUCUUCAACGUCCUGCUGACGGUGCGGCUGUGGAUCAGUCAGUGACGCCUGCAGACCUUGGGCGGAGGAAGAUGAUGGAGGAAGAUGAUGGAGGAAGAUGAUGGAGGAAGAUGAUGGAGGAAGAUGAUGGAGGAAGAUGAUGGAGGAAGAUGAUGAAGGAAGAUGAUGGAGGAAGAUGAUGGAGGAAGAUGAUGGAGGAAGAUGAUGGAGGAAGAUGAUGGAGGAAGAUGAUGGAGGAAGAUGAUGGAGGAAGAUGGUGGAGGAAGAUGAUGGAGGAAGAUGAUGGAGGAAGAUGAUGAAGGA